AUGGCUCAACGUCAACUUUCGCGCACUCUGCCGAAGAACUUUACCUUCUCCCUCGGUGACAAUGAACCUAAGACUCCCGAGCGCCCUAGUACCUCUAUGAAUGUGCCUCCUCCACCUCGCCACUCAAUCUCCAGCGGCCGUCUACCCAGAGUUCGGGCUCGCGCUGGUACCAAUGUUUGCGCUCGCAUGGACAUGGAUAUGUUCCAAUUCCAUGGCUCCGAUGUUCCUCUGCCUUCAAUUGAAGUGCCCCAAUCGACUACCAACUUCGAAGCGCCUUUAUUUCGUGAUUUUGCCAACGAUGAGGGAUAUCUUGCGCCUCCUCGCGUGCGAAUGGAUUUUAAGACGCCACCUGCGCAGAUCCGCGGCACGCCUUUUGACACCUGCGACACUGGCAACCCAUGGCCAUCGUGGGACCAGACGCCUGGCCCAAACAACAUCAGGCGCCCAGACUCGGCCUGCUCGAGUCUCUCAAAUUCUUCGAUUGAAUCCAUUGAAACGUUCGCAUCGCGACCGUCUGUAGGAAGUUUCACUAGUGUCGAGAGCGACCUGUUUGACUCGUACUUCCCUUUAGAGAUGUCCAAAGAACCCGAGAUUGAGUCGCCUUCGCGACCCCAGAAGCAGUCGGCGAAUGUCAAAGUGUCCAAGAAGUCCUGGACCCGCGAGAUGGAUACCCACUUAUGGAAUACCUAUCAAAUCUACCUUCAAGACCCUACUAUGACCCCAUUCAAGAUGACCCCUGGCAGUAUCCCCCUCUCUGGGAGUCACCUCGCGUGUUGCGCGACGCGCCAAGAAGACAUGGGGGCAAAAGAGCAGUCGCAUUAUUGA